GAUCGGGUCGGGCCUUGUGUCGGGGCGCGGGGGGGACCCGCUUCUUUCUCGGCCCUUUUUAUAAACCGUCCUUCCGUGACUCUCGACCCGGAGACAGCAAGGCAACUUGAGCACGCGUCUGCCUGUUACCAACAGAUACUUUUUAAACUAGGUAACCUCAGCUGCCACAAUGCAGAUUUUUGUGAAAACCCUCACCGGCAAAACCAUCACCCUUGAGGUGGAGCCAAGUGACACAAUUGAAAAUGUCAAGGCAAAAAUUCAGGACAAGGAAGGUAUUCCUCCUGAUCAGCAGCGUCUGAUCUUUGCUGGGAAGCAGCUGGAAGAUGGACGCACUCUCUCAGACUACAAUAUUCAGAAAGAGUCCACCCUUCACUUGGUGCUGCGCCUCCGUGGAGGAAUCAUUGAGCCUUCGCUCCGCCAGCUGGCCCAGAAGUAUAACUGCGACAAGAUGAUCUGCCGCAAGUGCUAUGCCCGCCUGCACCCCCGUGCUGUGAAUUGUCGUAAGAAGAAAUGUGGCCACACCAACAACUUGCGCCCAAAGAAGAAGGUCAAGUAAAGAGCAUGGCAAGAACUGCCCCCAUCCCUUCUCCUCGUACCUGGCUGUGUUGUUCCUGCGGUAACAUGUUUCAUCGUCUCUCCUCUCGCCAGAGGCCAUUUUUUCCCUGCCAGUUGGAAUAAAACAUUCAAUGCGCCAAA